ACGACAUCCAUUCACCUGUCAGCGGGGUCGCCCGGAAACUCCGGGGCAAAGGUCACCGCGACAUGGCGGCGGAACCCGGACAACAACAACUGCGCAACCUCCGGGAUUUUCUGCUGGUUUACAACAAGAUGACAGAAAGCUGCUUCAAUAAAUGUGUGACCAACCUGAACUACAGAAGCCUCACUCAAAUUGAGGAGAGCUGCAUCAAUGGGUGUGCGGGGAAGCUGAUCCGUACCAAUCACCGGCUGAUGGGCGCAUACGUGCAGCUGAUGCCGGCGAUCGUGCAGAAACGGCUGGCGGAAUACGAGAGGAGAGCAGCAGAGGUGGCCCAGGCGGCCCCAGUGCCAGAGACGGCCCCAGCCUCGAGCCUGGAGGUGACGAGUGGAGCAGAGUGACUGGUCACAUGUGGGAACGAGCAGUGAUGUGAACAGGACGACACCGCGCUGCUGACCGGCGAUCCAGUGAAACUUGGUGCCCAGAAACUCCCAUCCCACUCUCCCCCUCCGGGAACACUGCUCCUCCCGCUCAGCACUAAACAUAGUGGCCUCUGUGACCUGACUGUGAUUACAGAACGAGUGAAGGUUGAGUGUGCCCGCCUGCCCCCACCCUGCCCUGCCCCUGCCCUGCUCCCGGCCUGCCCCUGUACCCACCCCACCCUGCCACCGCCCCCGAUCUGCCCCUUGCCCCAGCCCUGCCGAGUGGCAGGUGGACGGUUGCAAGUUUCCUGGGCUAGGGGGCGUGGGCCUGACUGUACAGACAGACUGCCCAGACUGAGGAUGCUGUCACAAACGGCAGCCACCGAACAAUGAACACUGAGCACACACAGCGGAGAGCCGAUUAAAGUUUCCCGACAGUG